UGUUUGGUCCUCCUGGAACAGGAAAGACGCUCAUGGCCCGUGCUGUGGCCAAUGAGACUGGUGCCUUCUUCUUCCUCAUCAACGGUCCGGAGAUCAUGAGCAAGAUGGCUGGUGAGAGUGAGAGCAACUUGCGAAAGGCGUUCGAAGAGGCGGAGAAGAACUCGCCAGCGAUCAUCUUCAUCGACGAGAUCGAUUCCAUCGCUCCCAAGCGAGAGAAGACUAACGGAGAGGUCGAGCGCCGUGUCGUUUCUCAGCUGCUUACGCUCAUGGACGGCCUUAAAGCUCGCUCUAAUGUUGUCGUAAUGGCUGCCACCAACCGACCCAACUCCAUCGACCCGGCUCUUCGUCGUUUCGGCCGUUUCGA